AUGGCGGCGGCCGGUGGGAGUCGUGUGCCGGCGGGCCGCACUUUCUGCCUUCUCGUGCUGUGCGGCUGCGGCCUGGCGGCCCUCGGCAAGGACGGUUCCGAUGCUAUGGAAGUGGGGAUGCUUCAGAAAAAUAUUUCUUCUAAAACUGAAAAUGAAACACUAGGAAAAUCCCAAAAUGUAACAGACAGCUUACAGAGUAUAACUCCAACAAAAAAAGAGGAGAGCCCAACAGCAGCUAAAAGCAGUUCAGUAACUGCAGCAAAACCAUCAACAGUAAAAGAUGAUUCUGCACCAGCCGUUCUCUCUCGUCUGGUGACUGCUAGUCCAGUGUCUCAAACGGAUGUUGAUGCUUCUGAAGCUACCAAAAUUGAGGAGGAGGAUCUUCUAACGGAUUUGAAAGAUGCAAUAAAUAGCUCACCACCUGCCAUGAAAGAAAUGAUUGAGUCAGAGGGAGGAGAUGACUAUGGCCCUUAUGAAAUGACAUCAAAUUCCAGAUACAACCCGGACCUGGAGAUGCCAGAAGAUGAUGACUCUGACACCAUUAGUAAUUACAAUGAGAUCAAGACCCUUAAUGAGAAGAUAAAAGAUGUUUCUGUCUCAGGGCUGGAAGAAGAAGAUGACAGCCAUUUCUUUUUCCAUCUGAUUAUAGUUGCCUUCUUAAUAGCUGUUGUUUAUGUGACCUAUCACAAUAAGAGGAAGUUCUUCUUGCUGGUCCAGAGCCGGAGAUGGAGGGAUGGCCUGUGCUCUAGGACAGUAGAAUAUCAUCGUUUAGAUCAAAAUGUUAAUGAAGCAAUGCCUUCCCUGAAAAUAACUAAUGACUAUGUCUUUUGAAAGCACUGUGGUUUGAGUUUGCUGA